UUAAAAUCCGUAAUAACCCGCCGGCGUUUCUACAUCGGCCGAAGUCUCGUGUCCAGCUUCGCCGCCAACUGGUCCGCCCUUCGCCGGAACACAGUCGGACCCUUCUACGGAAGUGAGCUGCUCUUUCAUUUGUUUAUUUUCUUGAAUUUGCUCGUGGAUUCAAGCAUCCCUUUGGUAUGAUAAACUGCAGCAUCUUUUGAAAUAUGGGAAGAGCUUCGAGAGAUAAAAGGGAUAUAUACUAUAGGAAAGCAAAAGAAGAAGGCUGGCGUGCUCGAAGUGCUUUCAAGCUCCUUCAGAUAGAUGAAGAGUUCAACAUUUUUGAAGGAGUGAAGCGAGUGGUAGAUUUAUGUGCUGCUCCAGGCAGUUGGAGUCAGGUUUUGAGUCGAAAACUGUAUCUUCCAGCAAAGCUUGCCCCGGAUGCAAGAGAAAGUGAUCUUCCGCUUAUUGUGGCAAUAGACCUGCAGCCGAUGGCUCCAAUUGAGGGAGUUAUACAAGUUCAGGGUGACAUAACAAAUGCCCGAACAGCAGAAGUGGUGAUCAGACAUUUUGAUGGUUGCAAAGCUGACUUAGUUGUAUGUGACGGUGCUCCUGAUGUCACUGGUCUUCAUGACAUGGAUGAGUUUGUUCAGUCACAACUAAUACUAGCAGGAUUGACCAUUGUCACUCAUGUACUUAAAGAAGGGGGAAAAUUUAUUGCCAAAAUAUUUCGAGGGAAAGAUACAGGUCUCCUCUACUGCCAGCUGAAGUUAUUUUUCCCUGUUGUCACAUUUGCAAAACCGAAGAGCAGUCGCAAUUCUAGUAUAGAGGCAUUUGCUGUGUGUGAAAAUUAUUCUCCUCCUGAAGGGUUUAACCCGAAGGACUUGCAUCGCCUUCUGGAAAAGGUGGGGAGCCCCUCUGGAGUGGAUGAUCUAGACUGCAGCAGCGGGUGGCUGGAAGGCCCAAACAAGGUGUAUAUACCAUUCCUAGCAUGUGGUGAUCUUAGUGGGUACGACUCAGAUCGAUCGUAUCCUCUACCAAAACUCCCCGACGGUACCUACAAGAGCUUGGAUCCUGUUCAGCCCCCAAUCGCUCCUCCUUACAAGAGAGCUCUCGAGCUGAAGAAAGCUUCGUGCCACGGCAUCCAGGAUCUCGACGGCCUCUCCUUGGAUUCUUCUUGAUCAUUGAUUGUUGUUCUUCUCAAGCAUUUUCUCUUGCUUCUUUUUCUUCGCAAAAUCCAAGAAAUGAAUCGUUGGACCUGUCAGAAAUUAAAUAAUGGUAGACAACGUUUGCUGUGAAUGUUGGAAGCUUUUGUCCUGCUCUUUGUUUUGUGUAAAAGCUAUUAAUCAUUGUGCCUAUAGUUCUUCUA